UCAGUAAAGUUUCUUACCUUAAAUUUGAGGCCUGUUCUUUUUAAGGCAACACAAAUUAAGCUUGUAGCCUCGAUGAUAUGACAGCCGGGCAAACAAGUAAGUUUUUUUUCAAAACUCUUGCUUCAGUGAAAUAUUUUCAGCAAUAAUGCUAGUAAACUUUCUCGUUUGUCGCAGAAUAUAGACAUCUUUCUCCAGAAUAUAGACUUCUUAGCUUAGAGGAGAUUUCGCGAGGAGUAUUUCGGAAGAAAACCGCGCUUCAAGUUUUGCCGCCUUUUAAUUUUACACCAUUACCUCGUUUAUACUGAACUGAAAUGUCUACAACCGUGCGGCCUCGUGUAUGAGGGAAGACUGGCACUUGUUAAACCCAAUAUGGCAGCUAUUUUUCUUUCAUAUGCAUAAACUCUGUAAAGACGCGAUCUCUAGCUAUAUUCUGCUUUAGGAACUAAUGUUAUGGCGGAUUUAAACAGCCAAGAUAUAACCGAAGGAGAGGCGGGAACAACAUCAACGUGGAUUUUAUUACAGAUUGCUGAUUCAGCCUUUCCUACUGGAGGAUAUUCUCACAGUUAUGGUUUUGAAUCAGCUACAAAACAUGGCUUUAUGACAGACUUUAAUGCAUUUAAAGUCUUUGUCUUGUCGUGCCUUCAAAAUGGAGCUUCAUUUAGUCUUCCAUUUGUCAAUGAAUCACAUAAGGAGUGUCACAAUGCUGAGAGAAUCAUAGAGCUGGAUCAGAUCAUUCAGGCCUACCUAAGUAAUCAUGUGGCAAACAGAGCAAGCUUCAGGCAGGUUAGUGUCCAAAUUUUUGGUGGUGUCCCUUACAUUUCCAGCCAUUCCCCUACAGGGAAUUUGAUUUAAAAUCAAGGUCACCCAGGCUUCUGUGAUGAUGAGAUCCUUCAUUCUUAUUACUUCUCCCCUUUUGUUUGGUAUAUCAAAGUAACAAUUAGUUACAUAUUAAGUAAUUGCUACUGGGAAAUAAGGGUUUAAGGGCUAAUACAGUGCUCACCCAGGAGUGUAUAGAAAAGGAGAGUCAGGUGAGAUGGUCAAAAUAAAUCUGCCAUUUUUAUCAAUUUCAAAAAAUAUAACAAUUGUGAAUUAUACUAUUUCUACAACCUCUUGUAUUCCUUCUCAUGCAUUUCAUGUUAGGUUUGAGAAGUUGGUAGUAAAUCGCAACAUUAUCCCCUAAAUUAUUGGUAAUUUUCUUCAAACUCUUUUACCUCUACAAUAAGGAGGGGUCUGAAUGGUUAAAGUGGGACCUGGGAUUCACUGCCUAGAUCACUUCUUUGAUUCAGAAAAACAAAGUGGAAUAGUACAAGAACCUAGUUGAUCCAUAACACCAAAAAUCCCUCAAACAACAGAAACAAACUGAACUGAGAAAAUCUUGUGACUGCAGGUGCACAGCAGCCAACCAAAAAUCUGAGACUGCAGGUCCAAAAAGACAACAAAGUCUGCCACAUUGAGCUGGAACCAUGGUUCCGGAAGGAGAGCAGUAAACUGCUCUAAACAUCGUGUUUUACAAGCAUUUUAACCUCAGAAAAGUCCUGAUGUGUAGAGCAAGAUUCACUUUUAAUUAUUUAGUUUGUUUUAUUUUUUCGCUGGGAAAAUAGGAUUUGGAGUGAGUCACUGGGACUAGAAAUCACAAACAAGACUGGGAUUUGGGAAAAAUAGGGGGGAAAUGAGAUUUAGGCAAAAUUAGGGCUGGGAAAUGAGAUUUAUCCU